ACCCUUAUCGACCGUCACUCACACUGACCCGCCCGGAUCAAGUCUUUGUGGCUGGAGAGUCGAUUACAAUAACAUGCGAAUCACCUUCUCCGUAUCUCAACAUCCAUUUCUACUUGUACCGAGGAGGCCAACUGUCGCCUGUCCAAACAGCCACUGCCAACGCAACCCAACACUGGGUCACCUUCGAUAUGACAGAUCAACAGGAGAUUGGGAUUGAAGAUUUCUGGUGCAUUUAUAAAGUCACUAUUUCAGGACGAGAGAUAAUCUCAGAGCCAAGUGAUUACGUAAAAAUAACGGUAGUAGAUACGCUACAAACACCAACGGCCUCAUUUGAUCAAGCAAGCGGCGUCUAUAUAGAAGGGGAACCGAUAACCAUCAUCUGUACGGUGAACAGUGACUACGAUCAUUCCGUGAAAUUUUACCGAGAAAACGAGCUGUUGGCCACCACUCAAGUUGUGACAAGGGGCAGCACUGCCAUGAUCGCUUUAGCCAGCAGACACCAACAAGGGCAGUACCAUUGUCAGUAUCAGGCUGUCGUCGGGAAAAGACGCUUGUUGUCCAGGCAAAGCCAAAACGUGAACUUAACUGUCAUCGAUCCGCUACCUCGACCAAGGAUAUCGCUUACGGAAACGACCGGGGUGUAUACAGGGGGAGAAACAGUCUCUAUUGCCUGCAACGUGAACAGGAUGUAUCCCGACGACGUCUACUUUUACAGAAAUAAUGCACUUUUGACCUCUCGCCAAAUAUCUACAGUGCGCAACACUGGCACUUUCCUAGUUAAUCAUUCAAGUCAGGGAGGAUGGUACAAAUGUAAAUACGGGAUCCAUACUAAAAAACGGAGGUUGGAAUCGAAAUUCAGCAAGGCUGUAUCGGUCACGAUAGCAGAUCAGUUACUACAACCCGAAAUAUCUAUUAAUCAACCGACUGCGGUAUACUUACGAGGCGAUACUCUAAAAUUAACCUGUACUACAGCAAGGAAAUACCGUGGAAAAGUCUACUUUUUCAGAGAUAAUCAGAUAAUCGCUUCCCGUCACCUCUUCGCCAAGUACCAUAUGAAAACAUUUACAUCCAUCGGCCUUACUGAAGCAGGAAGCUACCAGUGCAAAUAUGGAACCCGUAUUAAGGAAAGAUGGUUGGAAUCGCGGCUCAGUGAGGCUGUGAAUGUGACCAUUGUGGGUAAGUGACGAGGUCCAGAAAUUAUUAACAUAAAGCUUCAAACAGGAAGACAAUAAUACAAAUAUAGU